AACGUCACUGAACGCCGAGUCUGCCAGUUUGCCGCCGCUCAUGGCUAUCAUCGUUAUGUUGCACGUCGUAAAUCGCGCCUGUCUCCGAGUGCCAUCAAGUGGGCUAAGAGGAAUAAUGAAAAGGAUUGGGAUGAUGUCAUUUGGACAGAUGAGAUGUCCAUAGAGCUGGGAGAGCGGCCAAGGCACUUGAGAACAACCUAUUGUAGUGGGCGCAAAUCCAUCAUGAUAUGGGCCUGUAUUACUCAUGGAGUCAAAGGGCCCAUCAUCAAACUCGAUUUGCCACCACUGACAAAAUAUGUGAAGGGAAGGAGGAAGGGUGGUGGCAUGGGAGGAAAGGAAUAUUGGAGGUUGGGCUCAUAG